AUGCGCAGGGACUAGGAGGACGAGGACACUUCUGGAACCACUUGGAUGUCUUGGUUUACUUUUACUUCUUCGUCACUAUGGUCAAUGCGGCAUUCUGGCAGCUCCAGCUCCUGCUGCUUCAGCUCUCUGCUGUUUUAGGUGGCAUGGAGUCCUGUGUUGAUGAACGGGGUCACCCCCAGCGGUGCCUCCCAAAAUUUGAGAAUGCUGCUUUCAAUAAAACCUUGAUGGCGUCCAACACCUGCGGCGCCCCUGCGGAGGACUACUGCAGGCAGACUGGACCGAUCAGAUCUUGUCACCGGUGUGAUGCCACAGAGGCUGCUCUCCACCAUAAUGCCACCUACCUGACCGACUUCCACAGUGAUGAGGACCCCACCUGGUGGCAGAGCCAGUCCAUGUUUUUUGGGGUGCAGCAUCCCAAUUCAGUGAACCUGACCCUGCAUUUAGGUAAAUCCUAUGAAAUUAGUUACAUCCGGCUGAAAUUUCACACGAGUCGUCCAGAGAGCUUUGCCAUUUACAAGCGGACUCACGACGGGGGUCCCUGGAUCCCCUACCAGUUCUACAGCGCGUCCUGCUUGAAGACGUAUGGUAAAAGCAACCGGGGGUUCAUCCAAGUCGGGGAGGACGAGCAGCAGGCCACAUGCACUGAUGAGUUCAGCGACAUCUCACCCCUCACCGGAGGCAAUGUGGCCUUUUCGACUUUGGAAGGUCGACCAAGUGCCUACAACUUUGACCAAAGCCCGGUGCUCCAGGAAUGGGUGACCGCCACAGAUCUCUUGGUUUCCUUGAACAGGCUCAACACCUUCGGAGACGAGUUCUUCAAAGAUCCCAAAGUCCUUCAAGCCUACUAUUACGCUGUGUCAGACUUCUCAGUGGGUGGCAGGUGCAAAUGCAACGGCCACGCGAGUGACUGUGUCCUCGAUGAAAGAGGAUGGCUGGUCUGCGACUGUCAGCACAACACUGCAGGUGUAGACUGUGACAAAUGUCAGCCAUUCUACCACGACAGGCCCUGGGCACGGGCAACUGCUGACUCAGCUAACGAGUGCCUGGCCUGCAACUGCAGUGGGAGGUCCGAGGAGUGUGUGUUUGACGCUGAGCUGUACCGGAGCCAAGGACAUGGUGGCCGAUGUUUGAACUGCCGUGACAACACUGAUGGUCCCAACUGUGAGCGCUGCCGGGAUGGCUUCUACCGUACACACCCCAAGGACGUCUGUCACCCGUGUAACUGCAGCAUUCUGGGAUCCACGAGCCUUCAGUGUGACAGUGACGGACGCUGUGUCUGCAAAGCCAACGUGACUGGAGAGAAAUGUGACCGCUGCCAGCCGGGACAUCACUCACUCUCGGCGUCCGGCUGCCGGCAGUGUGACUGCCACCCAGUAGGCACCACAGGCUUCUGCAGCCCACUUAAUGGACAGUGCCUCUGUAAGAAGAACGUGGAGGGCUACACCUGUGACAGAUGCAAGCCUGGAACCUUCAACUUGGACCCUGAGAACCUCGCGGGCUGCACAGAGUGCUUCUGCCAUGGACAUUCGGCCAUCUGCCAGUCGGCACCGGGGUACUCUGUAUACAGGAUCGCUUCAAACUUCACAGAAGGAGCGGAUGGCUGGUUGAGCGAGCGGGCAGAUGGGAGCGAAUCUCUGCUUGUGUGGAACGAAGGUGGGCUUCAUUUAAACACAAGUGGAGAAGAUCAACCUGGAUUCUUCAAAGCACCAGAAAAGUUUCUGGGGGACCAGCAGCUGAGCUACGGGCAGCCCUUCUCCAUCACAUUCAGUGGAAAUGGAGGGCACCUCAUCCCAAGAAAUGUGAUGCUGGUCAUUGAGGGCCCAGCAGCAAUGGUGACGGCACAUCUUCCCAGGCCAGAGAGUGUCCAUUCUGCAGGGACCUUUGUCUUCAGACUUCAUGAGGACGAAGUUGGCAUACAGGAGGCUCCUUUAUCAUCUCAGGGAUUUCGUCAGAUCCUGUCCAACCUCACAGCAAUAAAAAUAAGUGGCACCAGAGGAAGUAAUGGUAGCACCUGGCUUUCUGAAGUGAGCCUGCUCUCCGCCACCCCUGGUCAUUUUCCUCCAGCCCUGUGGGUAGAGGAGUGCACUUGUCCCCAGGAGUACACCGGCCGGCUGUGUGAAAAGUGCGCACCAGGGUAUAAACGGGAGAUCCUGAAUGGCGGACCUUCUGGCCUCUGCGUGCCAUGUACCUGCCACCAGCAUGGGAUCUGCCACCCUGACACCGGAGUCUGCCAGUGCUGGGACAACACCACCGGGCCUGCCUGUGAGCGAUGCUUAGACGGCUUCUAUGGUGACCCUUUGGCGGGAAAGCCCUCUGACUGCCAGCUGUGCCCAUGUCCAGGCCAGUCCAGCUGUGCCAUUAUACCUGUGAGUGGGGAACUGGUCUGCACCAACUGCCCUUUGGGACAGCGAGGUGUUCGUUGUCAGCUGUGUGAUGACGGUUUCUAUGGUGAUCCACUGGGAAUCCACGGUGUGGCCAGGCCUUGCCAGCAGUGCCAGUGCAAUGGGAAUGUGGACCCAAAUGCUGUCGGAGUGUGUGACCACGUGGGCGGCGGCUGCCUCAAGUGUUUGCACAACACCGAGGGCGCGCGCUGUGAGCGCUGUCGAGAAGGCUACUACGGGAAUGCGCUACACUUCUACAAGUGCAAACCUUGUAACUGCAGCUCAGCGGGGUCCAUCACUUUGGAAAGAGGCUGCCACCUGGAGACGGGACAGUGCCCUUGCCUGAAUCUGGUGGCCGGACGAGAUUGUGGUCAGUGUGAAAUGGGCUCCUUCAACCUGCAGCCUGGGAUCGGCUGCCAGAGGUGUAACUGCAGUCUGAUUGGCUCUUUGUCGCCUGCCUGCCAUCCCAUCUCCGGGCAAUGCCAGUGCCAGCCAGGAGUUGAAGGCCUGAAGUGCACAGUUUGCCGGAGAGGAUUCUUCAGCUUCUCUUCUCGGGGCUGCAGAGCUUGCAACUGCUCUCCUAUGGGCUCCGUCAUCAUGCAGUGUCACAACAAUGGAACCUGCGUGUGUCGCCAGGGCUUCACGGGAUACAAGUGUGACCAGUGCCAGGUCAACUUCUUCAACGACAGAACAACUCACCAGUGUGAAGAGUGUCCUGUGUGUUAUGGCCUGGUUCUCCAUGAAGCAGAUAAGCUGAAAGGCAAACUGCAGCGAGUGGAGCGGCUGCUGCAGACCUACGAGUGCCGACACUGGAGAGGCUUCGACGAGCGCCUGUUGCAGGGGGAUUCGCCGCAGAGCAAUUCGCUGGAGGAUCUGCUGGCGGUGCAAGAUGCCAGGGAUGCUUUUGUGCAGCAGUUCACAAGCCUGCAGGGGGCAGUAGUGAGCGUGCAGACUCGGCUGCAGAUGAUCCACCUGAAAGUGAACUGCAGCCUGGGAGGAAGUGGUAGGCUCUGCAGCUCUCUGGCGGUGGUCAGCAGAGCUCUGGGUGCCACGCAACAAGAGCUGGAGAAAGCAGUGGAGACUCUGGGUGGCAUGGUAAUCAGUGGGGGUCUUCCCGAUGAGUCUGAGCCAUGGGCUGCAUAUGCAGAUGAAUCCCGCCUGUUAGCUGCCAGCCACCGUCAAACUGCAGAAUCCAUUGAACUUGUAGCCAGAACGGCUCUUAGGACAUCGAACGAGACCUUCAUCCUGCUGGCAGAGACCCUGGAGGACAACUCGAGUGCGGAAUGCUUCAGGGAGCUGAGCCAACGACUUCUCACGAUGCAAGCAGCUAAGAAGAACAUCACAAACACCAUUGGAGACCUUCAGUCUGCAGCCACAAGCGUCCAUGAAGAAGUGCAGGAGAAGAUCAGCAAUGGACUUCAUAAUGUCACCAGCAGGGAAACUGAGGAAUUACCAUGUCCUGAUCACUUGAGAAACGAGACGCUCGAGCUGGAGGAGCUCCUUCAAUCCAAAGAUGAGCUCAUCAAUCAAGCACUGCUGGAUAUCAAGCCACACGCAGACCUGCUCUCCACAGAGAGGCACCGUCACGCACAGCUGUCCCACCGUGCCCAGCAGGCUCAAGGCAAAGCAGAGGGUGCGCUGCUGAAGGUCAGAGAGGUGGAAACAGAAGCCCAAAGCUUGGUGAAGGAGCUGCAAGAAAUGAAGAAAGGAUGGCACCAGAAGAAAACGCAGACAAAAAUGGCCAUGAAGAAGGUGCAAGUGGUGAAGGACAAAAUCCUGGCGGACACAACAAGGAAGACCAGGCUGGUCAAGCGGCAACUCCUGAUUACUGGCGGCAACUCCACGGCCGCCAAUGUGAAAGCGCAGGGGGCUCAGGGCACAGCCGUCCAGGCGGCAUCUGAUGCACAGGAACUUCUCUCUCAGGCAAAGAAAAUCAAGAGAGAGACGAGCGAGAUGAACUCGGCCAUCCUGGAGGAGCUGAGAGCCCAGGAGAUGAGAGGAACAGAGCUGAGGAGAGCAAUGGAGGAGAGGGACGAGAUUGCAGGAGCUGUGCUGCAGGCCCAGGACAGCAUGAGAUCGGCAGCGCUCUCCUUGGAGCAGCAAUCCCGAGUGCUCAGGGAGCUCCUGGUACAAAUAAACUCGAGCCAGGAAAGCGCAGAUCUGGAGAGCCUCCUGAAUGAAACCGCUAGCCAGCUGGAGGUCCUGCGGCAAAAAGUGCAGAGCGAGCCGCUGGGCUUGAAGAUCACCGCGCUGGAGGAGGCGGCGAAGCGGCAGGACGAGCAGAUAAGACAAGUCGAGCAGGACAUCGUAGAGAUCCUGGAGGAGAAGCUCAGCCUGGAGGACAUCGUCCGAAAUGUGCCGUCCGGCUGCACCAAGUCGCCCCAGUGAGCGGCCUCGUUUGUCGCUCGCUCGAGUCACAGCGCGCGACACUUGUGACGUCAGCAGACUCUCGAAUGCCAGUCACAGCGCCCGGUGGGGGGGCACCUCGGCCUUUUUGGCUUCUCUUGUAAAGCUGCUUUGCGAUGGCAGAAGGAACCGAAAAACCGGCGGUUUCUUAGGACAGAUGGGAGCGCGGCCUGCUGCGAGUCUUAGAACGGCCAUCGAAAUAAAAGUACAAGACACUUCUGUUAGAAUUUCAAGUUUUAAAUUACUUUAAGAUGGGUAUUUAAUAAAUUGAAGUAGUCGAA